UAGACGCAAAAUGGCGAAUGAGCAAAAAAUUUUGUUGGCGACACAACCAGAAAAACCGAAUCAUUAUACUUAUUUAAAAGAAUUUCGAGUGGAACAGUGUCAAUCAUUUUUGCAGCACAAAUGCAAUCAGCAUCGUCCGUUCAUUUGUUUUAAUUGGCAUUUUAUGAAUCAGAGACGUCGUCGUCCUGUGCGAAAACGCGAUGGAACAUUUAAUUAUAGUGCUGAUAAUUAUUGUACGAAAUAUGAUGAAACUACGGGAAUAUGCCCAGAUGGAGAUGAUUGUCCAUUCUUACAUCGAACAGCUGGUGAUACAGAACGCCGUUAUCACUUAAGAUAUUAUAAGACAUGUAUGUGCGUACAUGAUACUGACGCUAGAGGUUAUUGUGUUAAAAAUGGUCACCAUUGUGCAUUUGCACAUGGUGUACACGAUCAAAGACCACCUGUAUAUGAUAUCAAAGAAUUAGAAGCAUUACAAAAUAGUGAAAAUGCUGGUGACGGCACAGGCACUGCUGGAACUGGAGGUGUUGGUGGUGUUGUUACUGCACAAAAUGCUUUAGAUAAAGAGCGUAAUUUAAUGAAUGAAGAUCCAAAAUGGCAGGAUACAACCUAUGUAUUAGCAAAUUAUAAAACUGAACCGUGUAAAAGACCACCAAGAUUAUGCCGGCAAGGUUAUGCAUGUCCUCAAUAUCAUAAUAGUAAAGAUAAGCGACGUAGUCCACGUAAACUAAAAUAUAGAUCAACGCCAUGUCCAAAUGUUAAACAUGGUGAGGAAUGGGGUGAACCAGCUAAUUGUGAAGCUGGGGAUAAUUGUCAAUAUUGUCAUACUAGAACAGAACAACAAUUUCAUCCAGAAAUUUAUAAAUCUACUAAAUGUAAUGAUGUUCAACAAGCUGGAUAUUGUCCACGUAGUGUGUUUUGUGCAUUUGCGCAUGUUGAACCAUAUAUUUUAACAGAAGAAAAGCCACGCGAGUUGGAUGGACCUUCAACAAAUUUAGCAUUGAGCGAUAUUAUUUCUAGUGCAUUACCAGAAAUUAAUAAAAAAGAGACGACAAAAGUAAAUAGUGAAAAUGCUCAUGCAUUACAAAAUGGUAAUGGUGAAAGUUGUGAAUCCGCUAGUACAUCAUCUAUAGGCUCUAAUCAUUCACAUAGUAAAGCACCAGGUGCACAAUUACAACAUCAAAAACAACAACAACAACAGCAACAACAGCAGCAACAACAACAAAAUUCAAUAUUUUCAAGCAAUAGUAAUACAAAUGGUACUUGCAAUAAUACGAAUCCAUCACAAAUUAAUAAUUGUAACUCAAUACCACAAUUUCCAGAUUUUGACAUGGCGAAACAGCUUAUGGCCAUGGAAAAUGACAACAUUAUGAAUUCGAUAGAAAAAAAUCAAACAAAAUUUUUAAACUUUGGACUACCAUUAGAAAGAAUAUCAUCAUGUUCUAUAGACGAAAUCGUACCAAAUCAAAGGGAUAAUCCACUCUCUGCUGGGCUGGCAUCAGGACUAUUGCAACGCUCAUCAGCACCAAUUAACAUUCCUAAUUCACCAUUAACUAAUUCAAUAUCAGUUAACAUUCCUGGUCAUGGCUCAUUAGGAAAUUAUAGUCCAACAAAUCAUUCGAAUUUAUUUUCAGUAGCUGAAGUUUUUAGUGGUGGAAUACAAAAUUCAAUUAGUGGUGGAAAUUCUGCGUCAAAAUUAAGUAACUCAUUGUCAAAUCAAGCUGAUAGUUUAUUUUUCCAAUCACAUAUAAUAUCACCUGGCUUCGGUGAUCCAUUAUCAAUUAGCCCAUCAUUAAGAAUAUCUGAUUUGAAUAUGAGAGACGAUCUAACAAAUAGCACUGUUGGUAAUAAUUUAUUUGAAAAUAGUCUACAAAGUAAACAAUUUGCAUUGCAAUCUAUCAAUUCUAAUCCAUUAUCAUCGGAAAUAAAUCGACUGAAAGAAGAAUUGAAUAACAAAAAUGCACAAAUUAUAAAACUAUCAUCAUCUUGGAAAUUAGACGUAGACGAAUGUAAUAGAAAGGCAACUUUAGCUGAAAUGGCAAGGGAUAAAGCUUCAAAAGAAGCUCAAGAAUGGAAAGAGCGUUAUGACUCAGCUCAAGCUCAGUUAAAUAUGACUAGAGAUUUACGCAAUUUAUCAAUACAUAAAUUAAAAUUAUUGCAGACAAAAUUACGUACAGACUUAGAAGAAGUUGAAAAAGUAUUAUAUUCAGAAACAGCAACAAAAUGUAUGAAAUGUGAAGAAAAAAAUCGUUCAGUAACAUUAGACCCAUGUAAUCACUAUGUUUUAUGUGAAACAUGUGCACUGACAGUAACAGAAUGCCCAUAUUGCCAAAUGCAAGUUACGACAACAGCUUAAAUAUUGAACAAAAUGCAAAAGAUAUUUAAUCGAAAUUAUUUCAUAAAGCAAGAAAAGUUUUUUAAUUUAAAUUAUUAAUGCAUAUUACAAAAAAAGUUAAACUAUUUGAUCUUAGAACAAAAAAAUUGAAAACAAUUAAUUGUAGCAAAUAGAAAAAAAGAAACAUUUUUUUUUAACAUUUAAAUUUUUAUUUGUACUUUCAUAUCAGUUUGAUUACACAUGUAUUUUUUUAAUAAAAAUACUUUGUGAAUAUUUUGAAAUGAAAUUUUAUAUUUUAAAUAAUUUAUGAAAAUGAUAAUAUGAAAUCAGGAAUGCUUUUAGGUUUUUUGUGUUCUGUUCUUUAAAAAAAAAAAACAAAAUUAAAAACAAACCAAAAUAAUAAUCAAAAUUUGUUUGUUAAAAUGAUAAUCGAAAAAGUUUGGAAAAGAAACUUGGGCAUGAAAGUGAGAUUUCAUACAGAACAGAAUUCUGUUUCUUUUAAACAGAAAUAAAUGUUUGUUUCAAAAGCAAAUUCUAUAUAUGUAUAUGAUAUUUAGAAUAAUUAAUAAAGGAAACAAAGUAAUUAAUAUUUUAAAAAGCUAAGAUUACACUACCGAGAAAUCAUUAUUAAAAACUAGGGUUCUUACAAAAUCUAUUAAUUAAAAAAAAAACGAGAAAAAAAGGAGUAACUCAAAAAAGUAUUUUAUUGUUUAAUAUUUAAUUAAACAGCGAAAUGAAAAACAUUUUGAAACCAAGCCAUUCGCAAAUUAAAAAACAAAAAUAAAAAUUAGAAAGCCUUACAUAAAAUUAACACCGAAAAAAUAUGAUCAGAUCUUUAAUUUAAUAUAACUUAUUUCAGACUGAAGGUAGUUCUCGUGCAUUCGUUAUUCAAUAGAUAUUUGUACGAUAAAAUUAAAUAUAUUAAAUAAUAGAUUUGAUUGUGCAUUUUUCAGGAUAAAAAUUUUGUAUGAUUGAACUUUUAACAGCGUCAUCUUUAUGUAAUUGAUUGUUAAUUAAUUUAAUUUUUUUUUUUUUUUAACUCUAGAUGGUACAUAUUUUGUAUAUCUAUAUGUUCCACAUCACAUAGUAAUAGUGAUAAUUUGCAUUAAUUUUUUUUGUUCAUUUUAAGUUUCAUUCAUGUAUAAAAUAAUCAUUCAACGUAUUUUUAUAUAUUGUUGUAAAGAAGGCUGCCUAUAAUUAAUUUACUAUCAAUUACAUAAUGUUUAUAUUAUAGAGUAAGGUUUUCUAGAUGUUAUAACAAUAUUUUUGAAAUAGAAAAAUUUUAUGUUAAUGGUUGGAUGUGAUUUUAGCUUUACAGAAUGUUUAGAAACUUUAAAAAAAAUUUUAAAUAUUAUUUUAUUUUUAAAUAUAAUAAAAUUAUACACAUAAAUUCUAUAAUAAUAUUUAUAUAAAAUUUAAUAUAUAAAUAUCUACUUAUGAAAAUUUUUUUUUUGUUUGAAAAACACACUUUUUUUUUUG